CUGGUACUGUGCUUUAGGUUAUAAACUGAUAAUUAUAGAACAUCGCCGUUUUGAAAAUUUUCAUGUUUUUGUAACCUAAUUUUUCUGAGAAGUCAAUUUUUUCAUAACCCUCUUAUUUAAGCUGUCAUCUCAUCUGCUAUUGCCUGGAUACUUGGUUAGUCGAGAAAAUUCUAAAAAAUGGCGGGAUUUUAGAAGACUUGCUAUGCAAGAAUCGAAUCGAAAACGCAGUGGAGGCUGACUUCCGUAAUUAUCUGCUGGGGCUAUUCCAAAUUCAACAAGGAUAAUGUUGGAUCCGAGAUGCGUUACGCCUGUAAGGGACUUUUACAAAUGAUUGUUGGUUCUUCAGAAAAUCCAGUCCGGGAUGAUCCCAAGUAAUCGAAUUUAACAUGAAAUUUUAAUGAUGAGGAAGGUGAAACUGAAAAAAUAGGAAUAAGAAUAAAAUCUGGAAGAAAAACAGAGAAGUAUUUCUACAUGGAUUAUAAAAGACUUUUAUGGACUUUGUGGUAGGGAGACCAGCAGAAUUAUUCAUGCAUCAUCAUUCGAUUUCUGUCUGAGUUAUAGGAUACUAAUUGGAUCUGUGCUGAAAAGAAACAUCUUUAGCAAUUUAUCAUCAAAUUUACAAGAAAAAAAAAGUUUGCCAUGGAUGUUGCAGAUAAACCAGUUUUUGUUCCUCCAAGAAAACGAGGAUCCAAGUCCUCUUCCAAGUCAAGCAAUGAAAGCCUUCAAAUGCUUGGUACCGUUUCUGGCAAUAAUUGUUCUCCUCAAAAUUGCUCGAAAAUUGAUCAUCGAGCUAACAGAAAGUUGCAUCAACCUGCUGCUCACGAUUAUUCUAAAGAAAGGACUAAUGUUAAAGUGCAUUCCACUGCACUAUGUAAAGCUGGGUCUCCUGGACGAAGAUCUAUCACAUAUCAAACCUCAUCUUCAAAGGCAAAUAAUGGAAAAAGUGAUGAAUCAGAUCGAAAUAGUGAUGUGUCUGAUUGUAUACAUAUCAAUGAUAGUGGCUAUGCGGAGAUAGAAUUAUCAAAUGAAAGGUCCGCUUUAAAUUCACGUUCAGUUUCUUCUAUUGGCUCAUGUGGUGGAAGUUUUGUAACCAUGACUGGUACUGUUAAACGAGGUCGAAAGAAAGGACAAACAAUGGAUAUGAAAGUUCAGAUGUCACGAGAAGAAUUGGAUGAAUUGGAGCAUAGCAUUCUUUCUCAACAAAUUGAGGAUGAUGAUAGGUGUUUCUUUGGUGUACGCAAAGGUCCACAUGUGCUUAUUCUAAGCUUGAUACUAGUCCCUGUAGUAUUAGUUUUAUCUGCAGGAUAUUCAUUUUAUAUGGGAACAAUGACUUGGUACAAUGUUCUUGUUUAUUUCAGUGAAAAGAAGACAAUAUUACAUAAAAUAUGUGUAAGUCCUCUAUUAAUUAUCUCGUAUCCAUUUUUAAUCACUUUAUCAACUGUUGGUUUAGGAAUUUAUGCUGCUGUAAUCCAAAUAUCAUGGCAUUUUGAUACUUGGCGAAGAGAAAUUCAAGACUGGGAAAAGGGAUUUUAUGGAUGGUUAUGUGGCGUUGUACAUCUUGAAGAUUGUUCACCUUAUGAAGUUGUCAUUUUAACUGAAGUAUUGCCACCAUCAGAUGAAGUGAAAGAAGCUAAACAAAAUUUAGAGGAUACUGCUUUGUGAAUUAUUUUAAUGCUCUAAGGGCCAUUAAUAUAUAUAUUGAUUAUUUAAAAUUUACUAUUGCAAUAUCUUACAUAUUUAGAACUGUAAUUUUAUAUGAUUUUACUUUUUACUAAUAGGUGCCAAAAUAUUUUUUUUUAUGAAAUUGUCUUGCUGAUUUUUAUAAAUAAUUGUACAUUAUUAAAUUCUAUGUUUUGAAAUGAAACAUUUUGUAAUUAUGUAAAUAUUCUUUGAAUUGCAAAAUUUGCCAUAUUGCUGCAGAAUAUUUGAAUA